AUGGCUAGCUCAGCCCGGGAGCACCUGCUUUUUGUAAGGCGUCGAAAUCCUCAGAUGCGGUACACCCUGAGUCCAGAGAACCUCCAGAGCCUGGCUGCCCAGAGCUCCAUGACUGAGAAUAUGACCCUACAGCGGGCCAACAGUGACACAGAUCUGGUGACCUCUGAGAGCCGCUCCAGCUUGACGGCCAGCAUGUAUGAGUACACGCUGGGGCAAGCCCAGAACCUCAUCAUCUUCUGGGACAUUAAAGAGGAGGUGGAUCCCAGUGAUUGGAUAGGACUGUAUCACAUAGAUGAGAAUUCUCCAGCCAACUUCUGGGAUUCUAAAAACAGGGGUGUGACUGGAACACAAAAAGGACAAAUUGUAUGGAGAAUUGAGCCUGGGCCCUAUUUCAUGGAACCCGAGAUAAAAAUCUGUUUCAAAUACUACCACGGCAUCAGUGGAGCCCUGCGCGCCACGACCCCUUGCAUCACGGUGAAGAACACUGCUGUGAUGAUGGGGGCAGAAGGCAUGGAAGGAGGGGCUUCAGGAAAUCAGCAUUCUCGGAAGCUUGUUAGCUUUACUUUGUCAGACCUUAGGGCAGUUGGGCUAAAGAAAGGCAUGUUCUUCAAUCCUGACCCUUACCUUAAGAUGUCCAUUCAGCCAGGGAAGAAGAGCAGUUUCCCUACCUGUGCCCACCACGGGCAGGAGAGGAGGUCUACUAUCAUCAGUAACACCACCAAUCCAAUUUGGCACCGAGAGAAAUACUCCUUUUUUGCACUCCUUACUGAUGUCUUAGAGAUUGAAAUUAAAGACAAGUUUGCUAAGAGCCGGCCUAUCAUUAAGCGUUUCCUGGGGAAGCUCACCAUUCCAGUCCAGAGGCUACUGGAGCGGCAAGCCAUUGGUGAUCAGAUGCUCAGCUACAACCUUGGCAGAAGGCUCCCAGCUGACCAUGUGAGUGGGUACCUCCAGUUCAGAGUGGAGGUCACAUCUUCUGUGCACGAAGAUGCCUCUCCGGAAGCUGUUGGCACAAUACUUGGAGUCAGUUCUGUGAACGGAGACCUAGGAAGCCCUUCCGAUGAGGAGGACAUGCCAGGGGGCCAUCACGACAGCCCAGUUUGUUCCAACGGCCCAGUUUCUGAGGAAAGUGCUGAUGGGACCCCCAAGCAUUCGCUCAGGACUAGUUCUACUCUGGAAAUAGACACAGAGGAAUUAACUUCUACGUCUUCAAGGACCUCACCUCCCAGAGGACGUCAGGAUUCACUCAAUGAUUAUUUAGAUGCUAUUGAACACAGUGGCCAUUCUAGGUCAGGUGCAGCUACUUGCUCGGAGAGGUCUGUGGGAGCCUCUCCAAAGCUAAGGAGUAGUUUUCCCACUGACACAAGACUCAAUGCAAUGCUUCAUAUCGACUCAGAUGAAGAAGACCAUGAGUUCCAGCAAGACCUGGGCUAUCCAUCCUCCUUGGAGGAGGAGGGAGGGCUGAUCAUGUUUAGCAGGGCAUCGAGACCUGAUGAUGGGAGCCUGACUUCUCAGACAAAGCCAGAAGACAACCCAGUGGAGAUCGAGGAAGCCUCCCUUAACGAAGCUGCUUCCUUCGAGGACAAGCCGGGAAGUCUUCCAGAGCUUGCGGAGACCUCUUUACCCUCAGGCCCGGGCCCAGAUGAAAGCGAGAAUGGCCCAGAGUCUCAACCGAGUGUGGACCAGGGCAGCACUGACUUGUGUGGCUCUCAGGAGGCGGAUCAGCCCACAAGUGGGGCCGACACGGGCACUUCUGACACGUCGGGGGGUAGCCGAAGAGCCGUCAGUGAGACGGAGUCCCUCGAUCAGGGGUCUGAGCCUUCCCAGGUGUCCUCAGAAACAGAACCCAGCGACCCUGCCAGGACAGAGAGCGUGAGCGAGGCCAGCACCAGGCCCGAGGGGGAGAGUGACCUGGAAGGGGCCGACAGCUCCUGCAAUGAGAGCGUUACCACGCAGCUCUCCUCGGUGGAGACCCGGUGCUCAUCCCUUGAGAGUGCACGGUUUCCUGAAACGCCAGCCUUUUCUUCUCAGGAGGAGGAAGAAGGAGCCUGUGCAGCAGAGCCCGCCAGCAGUGGCCCUGCUGAAGGGUCCCAGGAUUCCACAUGCACUCCUGGGUCCUUACCUGCGGUGCAGGCGCCCAGCGGAGAGGAGGAAGGGCCAGGAUCGGCCCCUGUACCUGACCAGGAGGAGGUGGGGGCGGUCUGGCAGAGGCGGGGGAGCCUGGAGGGAGCUGCUGCUGCUGCUGAGAGCCAGCCCCAGGAAGAGGGAGCUGCUCGGGAGGCCCCGGGGGCUUGUGAACUGGCCACUGCCCAGGAGGAGGGCGCGAUUGGAGGUUGUCAGUCCAACGGCCACCAGCCACUGCGAUCGCUGCCUUCAGUUCGCCAGGACGUUAGCCGGUACCAGAGGGUGGACGAGGCUCUCCCACCAAACUGGGAGGCGCGCAUUGACAGCCACGGCAGGAUCUUCUACGUGGACCACGUAAACAGAACCACGACGUGGCAGCGGCCCACAGCUCCCCCUGCCCCGCAGGUGCUGCAGAGAUCCAACUCCAUACAGCAGAUGGAGCAGCUCAACCGGCGAUACCAGAGUAUCCGCAGAACCAUGACCAAUGAGAGGCCUGAGGAAAAUAGCAAUGCUAUUGAUGGGGCCGGGGAGGAAGCCGACUUUCACCAAGCCAGUGCAGAUUUCCGACGGGAGAGCGUCCUGCCCCACUCUACCUCCAGAUCCAGGCUCACACUGCUGUUGCAGUCUCCCCCCGUGAAGUUCCUCAUCAGCCCAGAGUUCUUCACCGUGCUGCAUUCUAACCCUAGUGCCUACCGCAUGUUUACAAACAACACGUGUUUGAAGCACAUGAUCACCAAAGUCCGGCGGGACACCCACCACUUUGAACGCUACCAGCAUAACCGGGACCUCGUGGGAUUCCUCAACAUGUUUGCAAACAAACAGCUGGAGCUUCCAAGGGGCUGGGAGAUGAAACAGGACCAUCAGGGCAAGGCGUUUUUUGUUGACCACAACUCCCGGACCACCACCUUCAUCGACCCCCGGCUCCCGCUUCAGAGCAGCAGACCCACGAGCGCACUGGUGCAUCGCCAGCACCUCACCCGGCAGCGCAGCCACAGCGCCGGCGAGGUAGGAGAAGAUUCUCGACAUGCCGGACCACCAGUUCUUCCCAGGCCGUCGAGUACAUUCAAUACAGUCAGCAGGCCACAGUACCAGGACAUGGUUCCAGUGGCUUACAAUGACAAGAUUGUUGCAUUUCUGCGCCAGCCCAAUAUCUUUGAAAUUCUGCAGGAGCGUCAACCUGAUCUUACCAGGAAUCACUCACUCAGGGAGAAGAUCCAAUUUAUCCGAACUGAAGGGACUCCAGGGUUGGUGCGUCUUUCAAGUGAUGCAGACCUUGUCAUGCUGCUGAGUUUAUUUGAAGAAGAGAUAAUGUCAUAUGUGCCUCCACAUGCCUUACUCCAUCCCAGCUACUGUCAGUCCCCACGUGGCUCCCCUGUGUCCUCUCCCCAGAACUCGCCAGGUACUCAGCGUGCCAAUGCCCGCGCUCCAGCCCCUUACAAGCGAGACUUUGAAGCCAAACUAAGGAACUUUUACAGGAAGUUAGAGACUAAAGGAUAUGGACAAGGCCCAGGGAAACUAAAGUUAAUUAUCAGAAGAGAUCACUUGCUCGAAGAUGCUUUUAAUCAAAUUAUGGGGUACUCCAGAAAAGACCUGCAGAGAAAUAAGCUGUACGUCACAUUCGUCGGGGAGGAAGGGCUGGAUUACAGUGGACCUUCCAGAGAGUUUUUCUUCCUGGUAUCCAGAGAACUCUUUAACCCGUAUUACGGCUUGUUUGAAUAUUCAGCCAAUGACACAUACACAGUACAGAUAAGUCCCAUGUCUGCCUUUGUAGACAAUCACCAUGAAUGGUUCCGGUUCAGUGGUAGGAUCCUUGGUCUUGCACUAAUUCACCAGUAUUUGUUGGAUGCCUUCUUCACACGGCCCUUUUAUAAGGCUCUUCUCAGAAUUCUCUGUGACCUGAGUGAUCUAGAAUACCUUGAUGAAGAGUUCCAUCAGAGCCUGCAGUGGAUGAAAGACAACGACAUCCAUGACAUCCUGGACCUUACGUUCACCGUGAACGAAGAAGUUUUUGGGCAGAUUACUGAACGAGAAUUAAAACCAGGGGGUGCCAACAUCCCAGUUACAGAGAAGAACAAGAAGGAGUACAUUGAGAGGAUGGUGAAGUGGAGGAUUGAGAGGGGCGUCGUGCAACAGACAGAAAGCCUGGUGCGCGGCUUCUAUGAGGUGGUGGAUGCCAGGCUGGUAUCUGUUUUUGAUGCACGAGAACUAGAACUGGUCAUCGCAGGCACAGCUGAAAUAGACCUGAGUGAUUGGAGAAACAACACAGAAUACAGAGGAGGAUAUCAUGACAAUCACAUUGUAAUUCGGUGGUUCUGGGCUGCAGUGGAAAGAUUCAACAAUGAACAACGACUGAGGUUGUUACAGUUCGUUACAGGCACAUCCAGCAUUCCCUAUGAAGGAUUUGCUUCUCUCCGAGGCAGUAAUGGCCCAAGAAGAUUCUGUGUGGAGAAAUGGGGGAAAAUCACUGCUCUUCCCAGAGCUCACACUUGCUUUAACCGUCUGGAUCUUCCUCCGUACCCAUCCUUCUCCAUGCUCUAUGAGAAACUCUUGACAGCGGUUGAAGAGACCAGUACCUUUGGACUUGAGUGA